GACAUAAAAACAGUAGAGACGAGUGGUUGAGCAUCAGACUGUUGACCCUCUGAGUCCUGUUUGUGUCUAAGCCGUCGUCUUCUGAUCCGCUGGGAAAAUGGCCGCUGUUUGGACCAGACUUCUUCUCCUGGGAGUGUUUGUUGCCGUCGCACACGGGCUGACGUGUCGCCGCUGUCCGAUCGCAAUCUUGGGGCGAUGUCUGGUCGCCAGCGAUGAUGUCGAAUGCGACAACUCGACCCGCAGCUGCUUCACCCGGACUGCGUCGUUCGAUGGCAUUGGUUUUUUCCGACCUCAAAGCCAGGGGUGUGUGCUCACGACCUCCUGUGGCCGGACAGAGGCCGGCACCUUCCUGGGCUUCGGUUUUACCGGCUCCAGUGCCUGCUGCAGGACGGACCUGUGCAACGGAGGGACGUCGGUGCAGCUGUCGCUCGCUGCCGCGGUCGUCGCCGUCCUGGCGUCGCUCUGGGCUCGUUAGACGACGCAUGGCACUACGAUACGUUCUCAGCAGACACAGUUACGCCUUGUUCACACUGCAUGCGUCCGUCGACGGAUGACCGAGGGCGUGUCUGACGUAUAGGGGACUAGUCUUUGUAGACGCAUACUGCAGCCAAUCAAAUCGCCUCCCUCUACAAAGCCAAUAUGUGGAUAUAAAUACAAAAGAUGACACAAACAGGUGACUAAAACAAUCCUAUCAUUCCACAUUUCUUUGAAUAAAUAUGGCGGACAGAUUUUUCCUGCUACUUUCUGCUUGUUAUUGCAAAAUAGAUCCAGUAGACGCGUGAAGUUUAUUUGCAUAACCGCGAUCUGAUUGGCCGACGGAUCUGGCGCUGCCUGAAAAGUUGAACAUUUCUCAACUUUUUGACGCAGGCCACGGAGCCGAAUGGACGGACGGACCCACAAUGCAUUUCGCGAGCGCCCCAUGCAAAGUGACUUGAACACUAAACAGAAAACACAGCUGUCAUUAUCACUGUCACUGACAGCGAUAUACUGCUUCACUUAUUAUGACAAAUGUACUGAUUGUAAGUCGCUUUGGAUAAAAGCGGCUGCUAAAUGGUAAUUUGUCAGCUGUCUAUCCUCUAUUAAACUGCAUUGAAGUGA